AUUAAACUAAAGUCAUUCAUGUCACGUAAUGUCACUAGUACUGUAAAUAUUUAUGUAUUUGUUGUUUUAAAUUGAAAUAAAAUGGAUACAAGAAGAUCUUGUAAAUUAUUGUUGGCAGCUACAGGUAGCGUAGCUGCCUUAAAAAUACCAAAUCUAAUAAAAGCUCUAUUAGAAAUACCUCCGGAGCAAAUGACUUAUGAUUUUGAGGUGCACUUAGUAGUGACGGAACAUGCGAAGCAUUUCUUCAAAAUGUCGGAUUUGCCUACUGACGUGAAGGUGUACGAUGACAGUUUGGAGUGGCAAGCUUGGAAGCAAAGAGGUGACCCUGUAUUGCACAUAGAGCUUGGCAAGCUGGCUGACAUUAUGGUGAUAGCUCCCCUAGAUGCUAAUACUCUGGCUAAGAUGGCUCAAGGUCUUUGUGAUAAUUUACUAACCUGCACAACCAGAGCAUGGGACAUGUCCAAACCUUUGAUCUUCUGUCCGGCAAUGAACACAAGGAUGUGGGAGCACCCCGUCACUGCUCAGCAAAUAAAAUUGCUGAAGGAAUGGGGUCAUCAGGAGAUUCCACCAAUCAGUAAGACUCUGAUGUGCGGAGACACAGGCAUCGGUGCAAUGGCUGAAGUAGAUACCAUUGUGAAGAAAAUCAUAAGUGUGGCUGAUGUGAAAUUCAAUGUUAAAUUUGAUUAAUCUCAUACUGUGGUGGUUUAUGGUAAGCGUCCACAGGUCCGCAUCGUACACAACAGAUUUUAGUUUGUCUUCUUUAGUAUGUAUCUCAAACAACUGCGUCCACUGGUCCGCAUCAUCGGCAAUGCCUACAUUCGAUGCAUACUGAUGACGUCAUACGGAAUGUGUGCAAUGCAUAUGAUGUGGACGCUUACCUUUACAAGUACUUGAUCUUUUUCCUUUUUUGAAUGGGCUCAUUUAGGGUUAAACAAAAUGUAAGGGUACAUAGAGGUUGAAGGUUUAAUAAACCUUUUUUUAAGACAUUAAUUUUUUAAAUAAUAUUUACAGUACUUACGAUCAAAUAAUCUGCUUUAGUUAAUGCUUCUCAAACUAAUAUUCCAUUUUGUAUAAUUAUUAUUUUCUUUUAUAUUUAGACUUAAUUGGUACUUAUGUAAAAUGAUUCACAGAUAUACUCAGAUCUCACUUUCAUGUAGGAUUAUGAAAUCUACAAAUUAGACUAAGUACCUGCACUUAUUCCAAAAUUUAUUAUAAUUGGGUAUAGAUUAUCUAUUUAAAUAAUAUUUUUUCUAGUACUAGGUUAUAAUUGGAGUUUCUAAAUGUUUAAGUAAUUAGGACCAAAGAAUUGUUUUCAUAGUUAUAGUUUAUUUUAUAACUUUUUUAAUACUUAUCAAAUAAUAUUAUUUACUUUCUUGUUUUGAUAGUUUAAUGUAUUGUAUUUCGAAUACAAUUGUCACAAAGUCACAAGUCCUAUGUAAUAAAAUUCACUGGAAGUUCUAUAAUUAUUAAUACAGUAGAAGCUCUUUAUUCGCGGGGUAUGCGUUCCGUAAAUAUGCCGCGAAUACAGAAACCGUGAAUAUGGAUUGGUAAUUUGUAUGGGGUUAUAGGGGAUACGUUCCUAGAUGACGAAAUUAAGAAGCAAAUAGUAGAUAAAAAAAAUGUUUAAUUGAACUUUCUGAUCAUACAGAUUGCCUGAUGAUAAUAUUAUUAUCAUCAGGUUUAGGUCACACUAGGUUUAGGCAGAAGUCACAAUCUAGAUGUAGCUGUAAUAAGAUCUAUUUACCCGACUGCGCCAGAAGGAGGGUUAUGUUUUUCGAGUGUAUGUAUGUAUUUUAUUUUUUUAUCCUUCUACUGAUGCGUUGACAAAGGAUAGCGAAUGUAUUUUUUUAGGUUACGCACCGAUAUUUCGAUUCGGAAUUGGGUCGCAAUUUUUCAAUCCGCGAAUAGUGAAAACGCGAAUGACGGAAGCGCGAAUAAGGAGCUUCUACUGUAUUAUAAUAAAAUUAAGAGUGAUGUUUUGACUACAUAAUUCGAUGAUUUUAUAUAAUUAUAUUCUCACUUUCUUCAUACAGCAAAUUUUCUGCUAAUGGCACUAGUGUAGACUUUCAUAUAUUCACUGAAGUGUUCAUUACUACUCAUUAGACUUGAUAGGAUCUAACUCGCAAGUGGCGCCAUCUAUGAAGCGCAAAAAUGACCACGAAACUUUGUCUCAAUAUAACUAUAGAUAUAAGGUGCUACAUGACACAUAAAAUAUAUACAAGGUUAAAUAAAAUCACUGUUAAUUA